GAAAUUCGGGACUUUUUCCAUUUACGUCGAAGAAAUCACGCAAAAGGUGUCUUAAUAAUAUUUUCAUUUUUAAGUUAAUAUUUUAACUUUUUUUUUAAUUUUUACUAUCUUCUUAUGUUUACUAUAAUCUUUGUUAACUGUGACAAUUUCACAAUAACAUUAAUUAAUGUUUGCAGACUCAACAAGUCCAGAUAAUCCUAUGGAAACUAAAAACAUUUCUCCCGAUAAAAAUGAAGAUAAUGGUAAGAUAUAAAAUAUAUUAAGUCAAUAUUUUAACUUUUCUACUAAUUUUUACUAUCUUCUUAUGUUUACUAUAAUCUUUGUUAACUGUGACAACUUCACAAUAACAUUCAUUAAUGUUUGCAGACUUAACAAGUCAAGAUAAUUCUAUUAUGAAAACUAAAAACGUUUCUUCCGAUAAAAAUGGAGAUAAUGGUAAGAUAUAAAAUAUAUUAAUUAAAAUUAUACAUAAAAUCAUACUAUUAUUAAUAAUAUAGUAUUUUUAUCACACGCGUCUUUGAUAUGCGUUUUUCUAAAUAUUAUCGAUUGUUGUGAUGAAUAUCACGCGCAGUUUAAGAUAAAUUUGAAUAUAUAAAAUCAUAAGAAAUAUCAGGACAAAGAUCCAAUUAUGAAUAAGGCUUAUCUUAAAUUAGCUGUGUUUCACAUUUUAGUCUAUUUCUCCUAUUAUAUUAUUUUUGUGAAAUACUAUUAAAUUAUUAUUGGAAUUAAUUAUUUUAUUUCGAUUUUUGUUUUUAUUUGCAGCUACAUGGGAACAUUCGGCAAUUAUGCUUCUUUUUUCAUUACGGAAAGAGCAUAAUGACUUAUUUAAAAAUGAUAAAAUAAGAAAAGAUAUUGCAUGGAAAAAGAUUGCAGAGUUCUUUAAAGAGAAAGGUUAUACGUAUACUGCCAAGCAAAUAGAAAAUAAAUGGAAGAAUUUACGAAAAAAUUAUAUGAAGAUAAAAGAUAAUAAUAAAAAAUCUGGAGCAUCAUUAAAAAAAUGUAAAUAUUUUGAUGAAAUAGAAGAAAUAUACGGAAAAUCUUCUAGUGUACAACCUGUAGCUGUUGCUUCAAAUCUUUCAGUAAAAGAUACAAUUCUUUCGACGGAUGAAGAGGAGGCAAUCGACGAAAAUACUUGUCCAGUUCCUUUGAAGAAAAGUAAGAUGGAUAAACAAUUGGAAAUGUGGACAACAUAUUUCGACGAAAAUUCGCAGAAAAGAGAAGAAGCAAGGGAAAAAAGGCACCAAGAGAGACUUGAACAACAAAAACAAGCUCUACAGACUUAUACGGAAAUAAUGGAAAAGUUUUUGAAAAAGCUAUAAUCUAUAUAUUUACUUUUUAAACAUUUCUUACUUUAAUUAGUUUUAUUAUUUACUUACAAGAUUAUAUAUUUUGUUACUUAAUAAUAAUAGAUUCUUAAAAAUAUUCUUUAUAUUUUUACAUAUUUUGGAGACUGCAAUAUAAUUUAUAAUAUUAUGUUAAAGUCAUGAUAAUAAGCUUUGUUACCCUUAGUCUACAAUAAUAAAGGAUUUAAGCUUUAAGCUAUAAGAAACUGACCAAUUACAGUAAUUUUUUAUAAGAAUACUCAGUGAUUGGUCAAUUUUUUACGGCUUAAAGCUUAAAUCUUUAUUGUAGACAAGGCUUUAGUAAUUAUAA